AUGUUCGCAGGCAAUUCUUUAAGUUACAUCGAAUUCCCAAGUAAUGGAGCAUUGGACGUUCAGUACUCUAUCACCAUGUUAUGUUGGGUUUAUUAUACGGGUGCAAGUGGUCCUCUCUUCAAUUACAAUAAGGGAAACACUGCGUGGGGUGUCCAUCUGUAGAUAGCGUCAAGACAGGUGUUCGUUCGCUUCACUCACAGAAAUUAUUAAUUCACUCCACAUUUGAACGGUGGUAGUUUGCCACUAAACCAGUGGAAUUAUGUCGGUUGUAGAUAGCGUCAAGACAGGUGUUCGUUCGCUUCACUCACAGAAAUUAUUAAUUCACUCCACAUUUGAACGGUGGUAG